AUGAAUACUUCCGGGCCUCAGAGGCCGAGCCUGCCGUAUCACACUUCCGAUUUGCCGAUUCAUUUGCCCCCUCUGCCAUUGACUGAACAUGAAGCGGUUCCGGCUGAGCUGAACCCAGGGGACACAGUACUGUUCUUAGGCGGGGUAUAUCAUGCUGGGGGCGCCAACACGACAACUGACGAGGCUCGUGAGACUGUCGGCAUCUUUCUGUGCCGGGGGAUGUAUCGACAGGUGGAAAACCAAUAUUUCAUGGUGCCUCCCGCGAAGGCCAAGCGAUUGUCACCGAAAGCGCAGCGCUUGCUAGGUUAUGCGAUCAGUCCUCCGUUCUGCGGGUUCGUCAACUACAAGGAUCCUUUGGAGGAUUUGUUCCAAGUCGUUGAAGUUGACCCUCUUUUGGUUUAG